AUGCCCUUUGCGCAACUCGUCAUCGGCCCACCGGGCUCUGGCAAGACCACCUAUUGCUUCGGCCAGUAUCAGUUUCUCUCUCUACUUUCGAGACCCUGCAGCGUCGUCAACCUUGAUCCAGCUAACGAUCGGCUGCCGUAUCCAUGCGCUGUCGACAUCAACCGCCUCAUCUCGGUCCGCGACGUGAUGGCCGAGCUCUCGCUCGGUCCCAAUGCCGCUAUGCUUUACUGCAUCGAGUACCUCGAAAAAAACGUCGAUUGGCUUAUCCAGGAGCUUAAACGCGUCAUGGAUGAGCAGCGACAGGGCAAGACCGGCCAACUUGCAGGCCACGGCGACCAGGAAACGCCCAUCGGCCCAGUCAGCGCUGGAUUUGAGUACUUGAUCUUUGAUCUUCCGGGACAGGUGGAGCUCUCCACCAACCACCCUGCGCUCAAACGCAUCCUCGAGACGCUCGAGAAGCAGCUCGGACUACGCUUUGUCGCUGUCCACCUCACCGACGCCACACAUAUUACGGAUGCAUCUCGCUACGUCUCGAUCCUCAUUCUGGCACUACGAGCCAUGCUUGCUCUCGAACUUCCUCACGUCAACGUGCUUUCCAAAGUCGAUCUGCUCGGACAGUCGUACAUCUCGCAAUCAAAGCGUUCCCUCGACCGCUACGACGCCAGUAGCAACAACGGCGACAGCAGCUCGGACGAGAACGAGCAAGAUGCCGACAAGGUUAGGAGCGGACCUGCUGGCAUGGGUCUGCAAUCCGACAUGGCUUUUAAUCUCGACUUUUACACGCAGGUUCAAGAUCUCUCGUAUCUUCGCGACCUCCUCUCACAACCUUCCGGUCCCGGCUCAUCACGGCGCAAUGAGAAGUACGGCAAGCUCAACGAAGCUAUCUGCGAGCUCGUGGAGGAUUUCGGUCUGGUGUCGUUCGAGACGCUCGCGGUCGAGGACAGGCGGUCCAUGUUUCGACUGUUGCAAGUGCUCGAUAAGGCGGUGGGCUACAUCUACGUCUCACCUUCCGCCAGUACACUUGGCUUGGAUGCACAGGACGAGGAUGGCGCUUACGAACCCGGUCGUGCGUCGGCGACUGCAUCCGCUGCGCUCAAGGCGCAAUCGCAUGGCAUAGGUGCAGAUCCCCAUUCGCUCUUCAGUGUUGCGGAUCGAGGCGAUCCGCUUGGCUGGGGGGAUGCGCUGGAGGUGCAGGAGAGGUACAUCGACCACCGCGAUGUCUAUGAAGAAGCAGAGAUGGAGGAGCGCAAGCAGAGAGACGAGAAGCAGUGGGAGGAAAAGGUGUGGGCCGAGGUGCGCAAGGUGGCCAAGCAGGAGCAAGAGAAGAAGGAAGAGGGCCAGGCACGGCAGUCAUGA